AUGAUUCUCUACUGGAGCAUCGUUUUUCUACUGGCCUUGGCCAGCCUUGCAUCCACCCAUCCAACUAGGCAUACUCAAGUGUGGAGCCAGCUGCGAGAGAACAUCAAGCAUGUCAUCUAUCUGACUCUUGAGAACCACUCGUUUGACAAUAUCGCUGGCUACUGGGACAUCCAUCCGGAAAUUGACAAUUUGCGCAAUCUCACCUAUUGCAAUGAUUACACCAAUCCCAAUUGGACAGUCUAUGGGGAACCACUCGCAAUCUGUGCCGAGCCGUACGCAAGCGAGGUACCACUAAAAGACCCAGAUCAUAACUUUGGCGGGGUCACCUACGAAAUCUUUCGCCAGUGGAACCCGACGAAAGAGGAUGUCCCUAACAUGGAGGGCUUUAUCGAGCGCCAAUCGGAGAAGUACAAUGCUACACCGGGAGAUUCGGCAUUCGUGAUCAAGGCCUUGAACCAGAAGAAGACUGCCACUCUGGCGGAGCUGGCGAGCAAUUUUGCCUUCUUUGAUUCAUAUUUCGCCGAGCACCCUGGUCCCACUAACCCCAACCGCCAAUUUGCAACCUCCGGUUCAUCCUGUGGUUUUGUCGAUAACACUUAUCAGUCGGCUGGGCUCUGGACCAAUGUGACGGGCACUACCUGUGCGGUCUCAAUCUUCGAGUCCCUCAGCAAGAAAAAUAUCAGCUGGAAGAAUUACUAUGAGACUGACAUCAUCGAUGCAUUCAUGUAUAAAUGGGUGCAAGACAAUGCAAUGGACCGUCUUGUCCAUGCAACCGAGCUCUACCAUGACUUGGAAGCCGGAACACUGCCUUCAUUCUCGUACCUGAACCCGGAGUGCUGUACCGUUGACUCGAUGCAUCCAACCAGCAAUAUGGCAGCAGGAGAGCAGAUGGUCAAGCACUUGUACGACGCCCUGCGUCGCUCCAAGUACUGGGACAAUGCUGUCUUGAUCAUCAACUUUGAUGAGCAUGGUGGAUUCGCUGACCAUGUCCCCACUCCAGUCAACGUCCCUCAACCCGAAGACGGUAUCAUCUUCAAGGGCAAGUCAUCAAACCACAAUUUUACCUACGACUUUACACGUCUGGGAGUCCGUGUCCCUGCCUUCGUAAUCUCGCCCUGGGUACCCGCUAACCUCCUCAUCCACGAUCAAGGCACCAUGUACGCCGACAAUUCGGCCUAUACUCAUAGCUCAAUCCUGCAUUUCCUACAGGAGCUGUGGGGCCUCGAGGGCCUGAACAACAGGGUCCAAUGGGCCAAGACUUUCGAAAUGGCUUUUACUAAUAAGCGGCGAGAUGACACGCCCCAGACGUUGGUUAAACCGACCUGGUAUGGUGGUAGUGGGCAGCCAGAACCAGAACCGUUCUUCCUUUUGAACCAGGAUGAGAGCUACUAUGCACGUCGCCAGGCUCAGGCCAAAGCAGCUAAAGCAUAG